UUUGCGCAUUCUGGAGCGGGAAGAAAUGCUGGAGCGGCCUCGAAUAUGCCAGUCCCCGUGGUCGCAGCACCAAUCUCCCCCCCCAUCGGGGGGCCUUCACCGGGAGCCUAUGUACAACUGGCAGGCCACAAAGAGCUCGGUAAAAGAGCGCUUCGCGUUUCUCUUCAAUAGCGAACUGCUCAGCGACGUAAGGUUUAUUGCCGGUAAAGGUAGACAGGCGCAGAGGAUACCGGCGCAUAAAUUCCUCCUAGCUGCUGGUAGUGAUGCCAUGUUCAACGGGGGAACGGCCACCACCUCGGCCGAGAUAGAGUUACCUGAUGUGGAACCUGCAGCCUUCCUAGCCUUGCUAAGGUUCCUGUACUCUGACGAGGUCCACAUAGGACCAGAGACGGUGAUGACCACUCUGUAUACAGCGAAUAAAUAUGCCGUCCCUGCUCCAGAGACCCAGUGUGUGGACCAAACACAUACCAAACACCUCAGGGCAGACAACGUGUUCAUGCUACUCACUCGGGUAUACAGGACUGGUAAUAUAACUCCUAUUGUAUAAACUAUUCUACAUAAUACUACUAUUCACUCAGGUGAUAUAAUGAUGGAUAACUAGCCUAGAGGCUAUGCUUCUCACUCAAAGAAUAUAAGAUUGAUGAUGUAGGCUGAUAUCAAAUAACCUAACCUGCCAUAUGCUUUUCACUCAGCAUAUAAUGUAGGAUACACUGGCCAGUGUAAAUAAAAUCCUCAUGUGGGUAC